GUCGGUUGGUUGCCGCACGGUCCGUCGGCGGAUGAGUGUUUUCUGUGUUUACAACGAGAAUAUAUAUAUAUAUAUAUAUGUGUAUAGUGUUUUUUGAAUUUUUUUUUUUUUGUUUGAAUCGGCUUCUUACCACAAUAGUAGUCCAGGCUAAGGAAUUUCCUUGAGACAACGUGUGACCAGCGUUUUGGAUGACUAUUGCUUGUUGUUUUUCCGUAAAUCGGGGGUUUAAUAAAUGAGAAACGCGUGCAAUUCAGGAUAUGUGUCCUUUUCAUGAAAUGCAUCGGGGUUUGUUUAUGUAAAUAAAGCAUUUGAUAGUGGUCUCUGAAACCGAUUGGCCUGUGUUGUGUCCCUCGCGGUUUACAUAUUGUGGGUGCAAGCCGUGUUACUUGUGGAACUUGCCUAGACAAUUAAACAAUAUCUUGGAGAUGACCGAUUGGAAGGCUUUCGUCUAGCUCUGGUGGUGCAGGAUAAGUGAAUGCACUCCUUAAUAACGCUGUAGAGGAGCUUCUGAGCCUCUUAACAGACUGCUGCAUGGCGUUAUAAAAAAUGUCCUGUUGUAAUAAUUACCCCCGCUGUCGCAGCCGAUAUUCACCGAAAUUGUUAUUUCGUAUCACUGGUGACGUUCGGGCGUUGUUUGUGAGACAUAGUUCGCUAUCAGCUGAGUUUAAGCAUCUGAAACUGUAUUAGAAAUUGCUGACAACGAAAGUGAAUUAUAGUGCAUUGUUCGUGAAAUUCAAAUCGUACUUCCCGCCAAAUUUGAAAAAUCCCCGUAGUAGCAUCCGGACGGAGGAAAGGGCCGAGGUGUCCUGGCUGAACUCGUUGCUGUUGCACAAAGGAUUUCGAUUCAUCUGUACCCGGCAUUCCAGCAGGUAUACGCACGGGUCAGAAACAAACCCAAACAAACCUUCCUAGUAAUCGGCCGGGCGCAAAUUUCAAACUGCCACCGAUACACACACAAAAAACACAACGUUCUUCCCCACGCGACUGUCAGAUUCACAGCAUCCGGCGGUUGGAGCGCGGUCGCGGUAGAAAAAUUCCCCGCGUUCGAAACGCAACCGCUCCAUGGCUGGUCCGUUUCGCGCGAUCAUCAUUGAAUACUUGUGCGUCUGCUCGCAGGACUCCCAGUCGCAAUAAGUAUAUCUCUGGGCACAAGUUUACACGACCGGAUUGUGUGUAUAUAUUCCAUUCAUCUUGCCCUCCCACCACAACUAUCGUCAGCCACCACCAGUCCACCCACUGUUGGUGUGUUGCUUGCGCGAGUGGCGGCGAGCGCGUGAAAAAUUCUCUGCGUCUUGUUAUCCUUUUUCACGUGCUUCGUGGUGUCGGUUGAUGAUGUAUGCACGCCGGUAAUAAUCGUGGUGUUUCGCGUGCGUGUUUCUCUUGCCCAUGAUAAACAUAGGACGAUGAAAAUCCGUUGAUUAAAUAAACUGACCGGAAGUGCUGAGAAAGAGAGAAAAGGGCGCGUUCAGGAAGGUGCUUUGACAGAAGAUCGCGCGGGCUAAAAUUAAAUUGAUAGAAAAGGAUCAUCUUGAGUGCGUUUAUAGGUUGCAGUUUCCGGGAAGUUUUCUAUUGUUCUGUGCUGUGAUGUGCUAGCGAAAUUUGUGCUGCCAUUUGCAUCCCGUUUGUAAAUCUAAAAAAAAAAUAAAUUAAAUUGUCUAUGACAAAAGAAAGUGUGCAACAAUCUCUCGUUUUUAAAAAUAUCAAAGAAAGAACAAAAAAUUAAUUAACAAAAAUUAAUGGAAUAAUAAAUACCAAUCCCUUUGUUUUAAAAGAAAAACGGCAAAACGUAUUCUGUUAAUUACUUUUUUUGUUAAAUAUUAGUAUGUAAUACGGGUUUUAUAUAAUCUAUAAAAACUGCGCAACAACAAAGAAAAUCGUUCUAGUUCGCCUUCCUCCCUCCACCCUGCUUAAGAUUUUUUGUUUAAACAUAAUUGUUAAUAAAACAACAAAAACAAGUGUGAUAUAUUUCCUAUAAUUUCUACUAUAAAGUAACAAUAUUUUUUGUAAUAAAAAAUCACAGAUAAUAUUGUAAUAAAUAUAAGUAGUGUAAAUUUGAAGCGUUUAUAUAAUUAAUAAGAACAAAAAAAAGAAUGCAAGAAUAUUUAAAAGUUGAAACAAGAAAUCAUAGCCAUAUAUAUUAUACAAAAAAAAACAAACCUGCAAUUUUUCUAUUUUUGUAUUAAAAAAAAACUUAUAAAAGAAAUUAAAGAUCGCAAUCCAUUAAACCAAGAAGACUUAAUCUAGCUGCAAGUGUGAAAAGAUUCAUCGAUGAACUUACUUGGUUUUAAAUAUAAAAUUAAUUGAUGCAAACCAUUCCUGAUUUAUGAGGCGUGAGAUAAUUAACAACGAAAAUUUUUAAACGUUUUACCUCUCUCUAGAACAAAUAUUAAAAUAAAAACAAUAAAACGAAAUCAAGAAAAGUUAUCAUUAAACCACAACCAACAUACAUUUUUUUCCAAUUUAUGAAAUAUAACUAGAUAGAAAUUCUAGUUAAAUAUUUAAUUGAUGUUGGUUUAAAAUAAAAUAAAAUAAAAACAAAAAUCAAUACAUCCUCCUUCUGCCAAAAAGAAAACAUGAUACAAGAUAGAUAAACGUAGAAAUAGAAUGAAUUGAAUUUGUGAGAACAAAAUGUCAAGUAGCAGAACAAAAAUUUAAAAAAUACAAUUUUUUUCAUGCCGGGUCAAAUAUAACAAAUAGAAAAAAUUCAAUCAGCAUUUCAAAAUUUAACCGCACAUGAUUAUAAUUUAAAAGUUAAAAUAAAAAUAUUAAUACAAUACAAGUCAUGCAUAAUAUUUAAACAAAAAAAAAAGCUGGAAGGAGAUCAUCUUAUCUAACACAACAUUAUAAAUAAAAUAAUAUAAAUAGGAAACCAUAAACUGGCAUAAAAGGCAAAUUUAAAUAAAAAUCCAGGGCGAAAAUAGACAGAAAGUUUAUAAAAUUAAAUAUAAAAUAAAAGGUUUUCACUUUAGAAUUCAAAAAAACUUCGUGAUAAAUGCUAAAACAAUGCCACAUAAUAGUCACCAAUCUCAUACCGGACAUACUGGAUCAUCUGGUGAUGAUUUGGGAAGUACCGAUGAGGUGAAAAUAUUUAAAGAUGAAGGUGAUCGUGAAGAUGAGAAAAUCUCAUCGGAAAAUCUACUUGAAGAGAAAUCUAGUUUAAUAGAUUUAACAGAAAGUGAGGAAAAGAGCGGUAAAGGAUCAUCGAAGCCGGACCACAGUCCUGUUUUCGGUAAAGUAGAGCCGCAUGCAGCAUCUAGUUUUAAUAUGGGUUAUCUAGUUUCACCGUAUUCCUAUACAAAUGGGGCAGCCGGUGGAUUGCCUGUUUCAAUGGCUAAUAAAAUGGGAUUGUCACCAUUUUUUUGCCAUAACGGGGAUCCACUGACAACACCACCACCUGCACAUUGUGGAAUACCGCCAUACCAGUUAGAUCCAAAAGCAAUGGGGCUCACAAGACCUACAAUUUAUUCAUUUCCUCCUAGUCAAUAUCCAUACCCAAUGCUGAGUCCAGAUAUGUCACAGGUCGCAUCGUGGCAUACGCCAUCUGUAUAUUCAGCAGCAUCUAGUUUUAGGAGUCCAUACCCAUCGUCAUUACCAAUUAAUACAAGUGAUUUUUCGUUUCGUUUUUCACCAAGUCUAUUGCCUUCAGUUCAUACACCACCACAUCAUGUGCUUAAUUCACAUCCGGCUAUUGUAACGCCCGGUCCAAAACAAGAAAUUAGUCAAGAUGUUAAUCAUCGAUAUGGACGUAGAACACUUGAUCAAAAACAUUCACCGAGCGUACAAUCGGAUAAUAGUAAGGAUAAUUCAGCGGAAAAAAAGAAACCACAUAUCAAAAAGCCAUUAAAUGCAUUUAUGCUUUAUAUGAAAGAGAUGCGUGCUAAAGUUGUUGCAGAAUGUACACUUAAGGAAUCGGCAGCUAUUAACCAAAUAUUAGGACGACGAUGGCAUGAAUUGACGCGAGAAGAACAGAGUAAAUACUAUGAAAAGGCGAGACAAGAACGUCAAUUGCAUAUGGAAUUAUAUCCGGGGUGGAGUGCACGUGACAACUAUGGUUAUGUUUCUAAAAAGAAGAAACGUAAGAAAGACAGAUCGCCCGCGGAUUCGGGAGGUAAUAACAUGAAAAAGUGUCGAGCUAGGUUUGGUUUGGAUCAGCAGAAUCAAUGGUGUAAACCUUGCAGACGCAAGAAGAAAUGCAUUCGCUACAUGGAAGUGGAAGGCGAAGAGAACAGCACUGAUCUAGAUAAUCAUGUAAGCGACAAUUUAGGAAGUUGUGGAAGUGUUGAUGAUGCUAAAACGCCCGAAGAUGAUAUGGAAUCACUAAAUCAAUCACUAUCAAGUCCUGGAUGUUUAAGUGGCUUAUCAAGUUUGCAAAGUCCAUCGACUAGUUUAGCUAGUCCGCAUAAUUUAUUAGCUAGUCCAUCAACACCGCUAACAAUGUUGCAUAGUAAUAGUCAUCAAGAUCAAAUACCACAAUCCCAGCAGUCAUCGCAACACCAACAAUUGCAACAACUUCCUCAUCAACAACAACCUCAACAGCAGCAACAAACGCAAGGUCAGGCAAACCCAGCUUCAGGUCAACAACAAUCCCAACAACAGCAUCCGCCAUCGCAGCAGCAACAAACGCUUUCACAACAUUCAAGCCUACUUUCUUCAGAUGGAACAACCGUAACAACUCCCACCAUUGAUAAUAGCAAUAGGAGUAGCCUUCAACAACAUCAACAACAACAAUCGGCGGCGAUAUUUGCAUCGGGUGCCACGAUCGAUAGUAAUAAAACUAGUAAUAGUAAUCAACAUUCUUCACAUCACCAUCAUCAUCAUCACCAACAACAGCAGCAGCAUCAAACGCAGCAACAACCGCCGCAACAACAACAAAAUCCUGCGUCCAUAUAUCCAACAGUUAGUAGUAAUAGUAAUAACAGUCAUCACAGUCAGCAACAGCAACACCAACAUCCUCAAUCCCAACAGCAUUCAACUUCAAUAUUCUCGUCUAGUUCAUCGGCCGUUAGUAAUAGUAAUAAUCAUCAUCAUCCAACAACAACAAUUUCCCAUACAAUUUUAUCCUUAUUACGAUAACAUAUGUUCAUAUUAUCACAGUGUGUACAUACAUCUAGAACUAUAUUGUGUCUUACAAUGAGGAGUAUUCUUGUCUGCCUGGCCGUGAAAAACUCAAGAAAAGUGGGAAAAUAUGAAGAGAGAAAGUAUUUCCCUUUGGUUCACCAAUGCUUGUUUGUGGAGAGAACUCACCAAUAGUGGUAAAAAAAUAACACUUUUAUUACCAAUGAAAAUUUCACCAAUUAUGGCUUGCCCAAAGAAAAUUCCACCAAUUUCAUUUUCAACAAUUACAAUUUCAACAAUGUAUUAGAUUCGGCAAAUUUCACAAAUAAUUGACAAUUAUUUCAUUAUUUCCCCAGAAAAAUAGAACAAAUUGAAGAAAAUGAGAAAAAGCCAAGAUCAAAUGAAAAUUAGUUCACCAUAAAUUUCACCAAGUCAUCAUUAAAUUCCGGACAACAUAGUUUGGAUUAAAUAGAAUAACAAAAUAUAAAAAAAAAAUAGAAGAAAAUACGGGGGCAGGUACCAAAAACACAAUCGAACAAAGCAGAAAAAAACUAGUGUGCCGAAAAUACAAGAAAAUCAAUUCACCAUAGAUCUCACCAAAAUUAACAUUUAAGCAGUUUGGAAUUAGUUUGGACAACAAAUUCAAGAAAACAGGGGAAAACAUCGCUAACAAUUUACCGCAGGUAUAUAUUUCUCUACUUCCAUUGUAAAUGUCUUGUGAUUGUCGAUUUUCCACAACGAAUAGUUGAUGAGCAACUGCCAUCCGCUACUGCUUUUGAUCAAAAUUCAACAAUUUUAAAACACGUUUUGCUGCCACACGUUUCGUACCCAAAACACUCCAAAAAAUUUCAUGGCAUUAGCCAAUCGAUAUGCCAACUUCAUAAGCGACUUCUCUGAUUAUGAUUCGGUGAUAGUUCAUAAUCAUUUCUUUAAUUUUAUUUACGUUUUCACCGACUCCAGCACAUCGCUGGGGGGGUCUAGGGUGCUCGUCGUCUUCAACUUCUUCACGGCCAUCUUGGAAACGCUUAAACCACUCGUAAACUCUUGUUUUACUCAUAGCAGACCCACCAUGGGUCUUUGUUAAUAUUUUACACACUUUGGUAUAUUUAAUCUCAUUUUUUACGCAAAAUUUGAUACAAAUUCUUUGAUCCAUUUUUUUAACUAACGAAAAUCACCGAACCCAAAAUGACAGUCAGACUUCACACCCGUGAAAUUUAAAAAUUCCCGUUAUUUUCUGAACACACCUCGUAUACCGCGAAAAAGUGUUGAAUAUUUUAUUAUUUCUGAGAUUUAUUUUUAUUUCAAACCAUUUUUAGUCCUUCAUAGUUUUUAGUUUUUCAUUUUUCUUUUAUAAUUUUGACGUCUCCUGCCACGCCUGUCUUCGUUUUUUAUGUUUCCAAGAAAUUUCAAAUUACACUCGGUAGUUUCGCUAGUCUAUGAGAGUCAAAUAAAGGGAGAUGACAGAGAAGAUAUCCAACAAAAAUGAAAACUUGACUAGGUCUGGAAUUUGCUUCUCUUAGUGGAGAGACAGAUUUUACGAAGAUACGUGUUUUCUCGGUAACGAAGCAUAUCCUCUCCCUGCUUUCUCCGUGAAAAGAAUUUUCUUCCUGAAGAAGCGUAUUUUCUAUGAAACAUGAACUCUAGUUGCGAAGUUCUGACGGUUUUUUCAACUCUUUUAUUGACAGCGCAUCAAGAAUUAGAUUUUAACAGCGUGAGCUUACCUACUUUAGAUUGCGAAAAAAGCAAAAUAUUUUAUCUACUACUUUUUCUUGAUACCCUAAGGCGCUUGAUGCAGUAACAAUCCGCACAUCCUUCUCUUUUCCGCCACUCUGAUUUCACUUAAUUGACAAGUACCUGCCUUACUUUUUUCGAAAUUUUUUCGUAGGACUAAAUAUAGAAGCCUCAAAGGCCUCAAAAUUGUCCUGACACAGAUUUAGGUUUUUAGCGUCAAACGUUGGUAUAGUCCCUUCUUCAUCUUAUUUGAAAGUAUCCUAGAGGUGGGGUAAAUAUUGAGCUUUAAAAUAGUCCUGAGAUAAAUUUAGGAUUGUGUAGCACGAAAUGUUGGCUUGAAAGGAUUGUCCGGAUGCCUCUGGUGAUUAGAGCGCUCGCCUGCCGUAGCAGUAGGUCGCAGUUCAAAUCUUACUGGUCGCAGAAUGAUUUGCUAUCGUGACUGGAUGUCGGACACCAGUCGACUCAGCUGCCAAUGAGUACCUGAGUCAAAUCAGGGUAAUAAUCUCGGGCGAGCGCA